AUGCCACCGAAGGGGAAAUCGGCGGUGCGGAGCGGCGGCGCAGCUGCAAGCGCGUCGCCUGUGGCCGCGCCGCAAGUCGAUGGCAAGGAUAUCUGGUUGGCGACGGAUGCCCUGCAAAAGACGAAUGCGAUGCGCAACUACUUCCAACUCGAGCGGGACCGCAUCAUCGCCUUCUGGAACAUCUCCAAGAGGGAGCUCGAGGACAUCAAGGAGUCGAUUCGCGAAAAGGAGCAGGAGAAGGCAGAGCAGGCGGAGCGGCAUGAGGUAGAGAAGCAAAUCUUCAAGCAGAAGAUCCGCCACCUACUGUACGAAAACCAGGUUCAGCUUUCUACCAUGAAGGAGGAGGCGCAGCGUGCACUGACAAGCCGGGAGGAGGAGUACCGUACGAAGGAGAGCAACGCUGCCCGCAACCUGCGCGACACGAAGCUGGCGGACCGUGAACUGGAGGUGCGGCAUCUGGAGCAGCAGCGCGCGCUGCUUACCCAGCAGGACAAGGAGAUUGCAGAGCAGCAAUCGAAUUUUGAGCGAGAGAUCAAGGAGAUGCACCUCCGGUACGAAGACUUGCUGAAGAGUGUGCGUGAGGAGAUGGACGAGGCCCGGAAAGAGGAGCUCGGCCGCAUCGAGGAGCGUAAGGAGAAGCACAUCGCGGAGCUGAGGGAGACCCAUGAGCGCACCUUCAACGAAAUCAAGGACUACUUUAGCGAGAUCACCUCGAACAACUUAGAAACCAUUCGAACUCUCAAAGAUGAGGUUUACGCUCGAAAGCGGACCGAAACACACAAUGAGCGUGCCAUGUACGAAGUGGCGCAGCGGAACAAGAGGCUCACCGAGCCACUCGCCAAACUGGAAAACCAGAAAAAGGUCCUCGGGCUGGAGCUGGAAAACUACCUGGCGGACAAGGAGGCCCUUGCAGAGGUGAAGCGGUCCGUCAAGGAUACUCAGCAGGAAAUCCAAACUGUCUCCUGGGAGCACGAGGUCCUCUCGCAGCGUUACGCGAAACUUGUCGAGGACCGUGAUAUCAUCUUGAAGAAGUACAACGCCAUGCUCCAAGACAUCCAGCGCAAGUCAGCGUUCCGACGUGUGCUGAUUCAAAAGAAGUUGGAGUUGGUGCAGACGCAGUUGGAGGGACGCGAUGCGAAGCUGACGGAGCUGCUGAAGCGUGCGAACGUGAACCCGGAUGACUUGAAGGAGCUGGAGCAGAAGGUGCACGACCUCAUCUCGGAGAAGGACAAGACGAUCGAGGACCUGAAGCAGCUGCUGUUCCGCCUCACCACCCAAAGCGAGCACGUUGUCGCCACAUACGAGUCCUACAUGGAAAAUAAUGGGGUGUCGGGGUGGGUUGGCAUCUCAGGCGCUGCAUCUGGGGCAGCGUCGAUUCGUGCAUGA